AGUGAGUACCUCACUCAUUCAUACAAUCAACCCACAUCUAUUUCCAUCUCAUUUUUUUUUCAUUCACAAAAGAUUUCCAUGUACUUGCUUAACUUUAAACUUAUUUUAUAAUUACUCAUAUUUUAAAAACGAUAAUGUCGAAAUUAUUACUUAUGUUCGCUUUAGUAAUUUUAACUAUUUUUGACAGUGUCUCAUCAAGUGACUCUAGGUUCGAUCAGUUUCACAGUGAAUUAAUAAAAAAUCAUGAAAAACUUCAAAAAUCAAAGCAGGACUCUUCCACCCAUAACAACCCCCUUCCUGCAGUACGGCCCCUAACGUCAGACGUUAAUAGAAAUAUUCAUCCUGUAAAUGAGGGGGCUGCCCUUCAAGGAAAUUCAGCUGGCUUUGGAGCAAAGCAAAUUCAACGAGAAAUAGAAGAAAUAAACCAAAGGCUUAAAGAAGCAGGUUCAAAUCCUGCCGUUGUCGCAGAAUUAUCACCCACAAUAUCCGAACUCGCCAUAAAACGUUAGUGUGAGACUAGAUUCGGGGGAUUUUGAAAAUAUAGGAAAGGCUGCGACCGAAAACUUAAGAGAUGCAGUUUCAUCGCUAGCCCAGAAUUGGAAAAUUGCCCUUAACACGAGUGAUCUCAAGACCAUCGGAGCCGACGCCACUAAACACUUGGCAGAUGCAAUGUCCAAGAUAAAAGUGAGACUUGAUAUCUACACAGAGAUAGAAAUUGGCAAAAAUUUGGCACAAGCGGUGCGAGAUGUCGCAAUCGCGGGAGGUAUCGCAGCCUCCGUUCUGUUCGUUGCAAUUGUGAUAAGUGUCAGGUCAAAGUCUUGUAGAAAUUUGGGAUCCUCGUGUAAGCGGAAGAAGAGCAACGAUGUGGAAUCAUCGGAAGACCAAAAGCAAACCGGUCAAGAAGGAAGAGAUACUGGACCGGAAGUAAAGGCAGAGUUCUCGGCUCAACCAUUGUUGGGGAAUGUUCCUAUCCAGUCAGUAAUGGAUAAGCCCGUGUAUAUGAAUUUACGGCAUGAAGAAAGGAAGCACAGAAACAAGAAACGUGUACCUACGCUGGCAGAUUUUGGAGGACACUACCAAAACGUGAGGGAAUAUUGGGAACAUUACGAAAAAUCUGGGAAGAAAUAAGAAUCCUUAGAGUAAUGUGUAUAAAAUGCUUCAAUUAAAAAUAGGAUUAAACUUAAACUGUUAAUGCAUACAUACAUACGUGUGUAUGCAAAUUUGUACGACAUAUAUUUGUCUAUGUAAAAUACCCCAACUCUUUAUUGCUCAAGAUUCCACUUAUUUGCCCUUGAUAUUCUGUCUUUCAAUACUCCGUUAUGCAAUACUUAUUUAGUUAUGGAAGCUAUUUUGUAUGUACAUACUUACCUAAGCUUUACACUAAAUUUUCAUGUGACUAAAUUUUGUUGCAUUACAUAUUCAGCGUGACUGGUUUAUCUGAGGUCGACUAACACUAACUGUACAAAAGGUUCAAAUAGAAAUAAUUUAUAAUGUAUGUAGAAUGUUUAAAGCCUGAAUAAGAUAUUUAGUACAGCGAAUUAAAAUAAUUAUGAAAUGAAAUAUGCAUUUUUAAAUAUUUCCAAUAUGCGACACCACAAUUAUGUAUUUAACUCGAUAUCUGUGCUGUAAUUAUACUACCUCAUGUUUCCCAUGGAAUAUUUCCCCGAAGAAAUAAUAAUUUUGUAAUCUAAGAUACAAUUGCGCAACAUGCAAGACUCCAGAUUCUUGAGAGGAAAAUACAUAAUUACAUAAUGGCUUUAUUAUAUAAUGUGUGUGUACAUGUUCCUAUGUAGAUAAGUACAAAUACUUAUUAUGUGUACAUGUACACAUGUACAUAAAUACGUACAUAUAUAUAUACGUUUCUCUAUCAAUGGUUAUAUACCCACAUAACAUGUACAUCAAUAUAUAUGUAUGUGUUAUGUACUACAUUAUCAUAACUUACUCAAACUUCUAUAAAUUUGUAACUCGUGUUACUAAUUGAUGUUUAAUGAAUCACGUAUGUAGAUAGAAAACUUUGCUGAGCAUAAACUUAAUUCCUCCUCCAAUUUCGAAAGUUUAUAACGAGUUUAAAAUAAGUAGGUAACCGGAGUCUCUAAAUUGUUAUGUAAUGAAGAAAAAUUACGCCUAAGUUGCCAAAACGUCAAUAAA